UUUUCUAACAGUGACAAGUGAUUUCUGCAAACGAAAUCACUUUAGGUGAAAAAAACAGAAAGCUUGGCAAACAAGCUGUAUUGAUCAUAAAAAUUGGAAUAAUUAAGAAAGAAUAGUAGAAUCUUAUAGAAUGGAUAAUAAAACGGUGAGAGACAUGAUGAAGAUGUUUCUGGCUUGUCAAAGAUGUUCCCAGUUGUCAAGGAAACUAAAGCAAUUGAAAUGCUCUCAUUCUGUUUGCUCGAGAUGUGCUUUGAGAAACAGAACAAGAAACCUAGAUGCCGGGGCGUGGAUGCUGGAAUGCGUGACUUGUGGAAGAGUUGACAUAUGGAGAGAUGAUAAUGAAGAAUUAUCAGGAUUGACUGAUAAUUUAUUGAUGCAACAAAUGAUGAAGCAAUCAGAAACACAACAGGAACAUUUUUCCGAAUAUUUCAAUGGCAUGAUACACACAAGUACACUGAACUAUUCUUCUCAUCUCGAGAAAGAAAAACAUACUAGAAAUAUCGUAACGGCAGUGAAAGAAAAAAUCGAAAUACAGGAAGCUUUACAAUAUGCAGAGAAACAGAUGAUGAAAUGCCAACAACAGUCGAGAUAUUUGAAAAGUUACGAAAAACGAGUAGAUUCUGUGAAAAAUGCUAUGACGCAGAAGAUUCAUAGAUCAACGGAACUGCUUAUUGCAAAUGUGAUGCAGGAGAAAUUAAGACUGCUAAAUAAACUGGAAGACAUGUUUUGUGAGGAGAUGGAGCCAGUUAUGCAAGCAAAAGAGAACAUACAAAAGCAAAACAACAACAUUAAAAUGUUAACUCGAUGCUGUGACGUAGCUACAAAGAUGCUACAAGAAGGAAACUCAGCAAUGGACAUGAUUGGCUUCAAACAUAUACUUCAGAAAAGCAUAAACAACACAAAAGAAUAUGCCUUGCCUCCAGAAAUCAAAAGAAAAUACAAGACAAAUAUUACCUUAGCUUGUAAUGAAGAUGAAUUUGAAACAAUCGUAAGAAACUACGUGCAUAUCGAAUCUAAGGUAGCAUGCAACAAUGAAAUGCUAAAGCAAAGCGAAACCAAGUCUGACUGCAUGCCAAAAGAUGAUCCCAUUUAUGAUAUACCGCCGGAUGAUAUGAAUCUUGUGAAACAAAACAGAGAAAUAGAAGAAAAACAAGACAUCUUAUAUGAUGAGAUUCCAGCAGAAUAUUACAUUUUUGAAAAUCAACAAACUGAUGAUAUGCCAACUUUCGAUUCUUCAGCAAAAGACUUUCAAUGUUCCCCAGAAACGCAACCCCCACCUAGACCUCCUAAAAGUAAUCAAGUAAAAGAUGCACAUACAAUGAAAAUUAUAACUGCAGAGGAAUUAGCUGCAGAGGUACAAAGCUUCGAACAGCGCCAGUCUGAAUUAAGCGAACAUUCAAGAAGAGAUAGUGUAGACUCUUUUUCAAGUGAAAGUACUGUUGAAACUAUUGAUCAAAAUCAGCAUGAGCCCCCAGAAUUACCCCCACGAACAUCAGUACCGAUUCACAGACCAUUUAUUGUUAAUUCAUCCACAUUGGGAAGGUUUCGCAGCAAAAAUACUGAUAAACUAGCACAAACAGAGAAACGAUUUGCUCAAAGUCUUCGCAGACAUCGUGAAGAAACAGACAGUGGAAUUUCAAACCAGUCAAGUAGCGGAAGUGAUUGCAACAACGAUGAACAAUUUCUUCGUCGUACUGUGAGCAUGAGAAGCUUAACAGCGCUUGGAUCAUGUUCACCACCACAACAAAGAAAAUCUGACAAAUUUCUCUUCAGCAUUGGCAAGCUACGAAAAGCUGGCAAUAAAGAGUCUCAAAUGUUUUCGAGUCCUCCUGAAAUUAAUGUAGACGGUCAGGGCAGAAUUUGGAUUUGUGAUGUUGGGAAUAAUAGAAUACAAUCUCAUGAAGGAACUUGUGGAAACAUGGUUUCAUCUUUUAAAACAGCAUUGAAUGGAGUAACAUUAAAACCCAAGGGGCUAACUACAAUGAGAAAUGGAACAGGGAUAGCUACAAGUUGCGGUAAAUAUGUAAUCAUUUGGAAUGAAGCUGGUAAGUUCUUACACAAAUACGGACCUCGAGCUGACCUUGGAAAAUUAUCUGGACUAGCUGUAGAUUCUCAAGGAAGCCUAGCAAUGGCUGAUGUAGAAAACGUUCAAAUAGGAUUCGAAAACAGUGAAAUAAAAAUAACAGCAAUAGGAGGAUUGAACACUGGAAAAUCAACAUGGCCUGGGAGGAUCGCAAUGAAUACCUUGGAUCAAAUAAUAAUAGCAGAUUACAAUGAACAUAAUAUGAAGAUAUUUAAUGCAGAUGGAUCAUUAGCUGCAAAAUUUGGGCGCUUUGGUACAGAACAUGGACAGAUGAGAUAUCCUUCUGCUGUAGCUGUUGAUAGAUAUAAUAGGAUAUUUGUAGCAGAUGAAUGCAAUAGCAGAAUAACAAUGUUUUCUUGCAAUGGUUCGGUAUGUUAUGGAGAUGUUUUAACAAGACAAGAUGGAAUUAAUUUUCCACAUGCAAUCGCAAUAUUACCAAAUGGAAAUAUUGUUAUAUCUGAUGACAGUAAAUUGGUAAAAGUUUACAAAGGACGAGAAUACAAAGAAUAAAAGUCAAACAUCCUAUUAGAAUUAUGAAAUUAAUGAUAUUUGUUAGAGAAUUUUUUAGAUAAUUAAUUGUGAUAUAGCAAAAAUCCCUUUUUUACUGUUAACCGAAUAACUUAGAACCACAUUUAUUGCAUAUUCAAAGAAUAAGUCUAAAUCAAUUCCAGAUAUUGAAAAUAUACAUGAAAUUCACAGCAUAGCACAAAUUUUAGAUGACUUGAAGUAAUAAAAAAGAAUGAAAUUGCUUUGUAUUUUCACUGCGCUAUUAUUUUAAGUAUUUUUGAUAUUUUGCAUUUGAAUAAUAAAUCAUUAUUAUCAAGA